AUGCCCUCGAUGCAGCGCGCACGAGGGCCGGAGACUCCCACCUUUGCGGCGGUGAUAGGUGCCAGUGCGGCCAGUGCUUCCGCCGCCGCCGCUGCGAAGCUCGACGUCAACAUCAAGAACCCCUUUUUCUCCGAACUCAGGGCAAAGGCUGCAGAUGCGGCGUCGCUCGACACUCUCAUUGGCCUUGUCAAGUCUGAAUUCCUGCGGAGCUUCCUUCACGAGGUCAAGUACCUCCUGUUCGACUUUUGCCUCGAGGGUAUGAGCGGGCGCGAGGCGGCGUUUGCCAAGCUGCUCCACUUCCAAAAGGCCCACGCCAUCUUUGAGGCGCACCAGCCGCGAAUGAACAGUCUCGAGAUUAGUGUCUUUCUCUCGAUCGCACCGCUGCUCACGUCGGGACAGCCGCCAUCGGGGCUCGAAGCUUCAAAUAGCGCGCCACGGCGCUCAGCAAUGGGCGCGGCGGGCGCGGCACCGAGCUCAGCAGCGGCCGCAGCAACCGCAGCAAAGGUCCCCGCACCCGACGCAGCUGAUGGCGCAGAGGGCGGGAAGGAGCUGGACUGGUCGGCGAUGGAGGAGCUGGUGGCGCAGGAGGAGGAGUCGAAGUCUAAGGCGGCCAAGCGGAAGAAAAAGAAGAAGAAAAAGUCCACAGACUCCACCUUCGCGGCCGUGACUGGGGCCAAUGCAGCCGCGGCCUCGGCGCUCGCCGCCCAGGCGGGCCUCGAGAUAGACAUGGACCAGCCCUUCUUCUCCGAGCUCCGAGACAAGGUGGCCGACGCCGCGACACUGGACGCGCUCAUCGGCCUGAUUGAGUCGGAAUUCCUGCGCGCCUUCUUCCACGAGAUCAAGCACCUCCAGUUUGACGCGUACUUUCACCAGGCGGACGACGCAGCCAAGCUCAGCCACUUUGAGAGGGCUUGCGCUCUCGUGGAGGCGCACACGUCGCGCGCCACCAGCCUUGAGACCAACGUCCUGGCGAGGUCGACGUGCCACAACCAGCUGCCGUGCACUGGUGGCACGCGGAAGCAGCUGAUCAGCCGCUGGCACCACGCGAUCCGAGCGCUCCUCGAUAGGUCGAGCCUCGGCGCGUUGCUAAACCCGGCGCAACCCGCCCCGCCGCCGCGGACGCGUCCCAGGAUCCGGGUCGGCUUCUUUGCGAUCGAUCGGCUCGAGUGCUUUAGCGCGGUCUACCGUGGCCAGGCGAGGAUCGUCACCCUGCUCGACCGGCGGCGCUUCGAGACGUGCCUCAUCGUAUCCUCCGCCUUGGCCGGCUCGCACCCCGACCUUCCCGAGGCUGGCGCGCUGUGGGAGGCAGUCGACCAGCGCGUGGGGUGCGCCGACGUGCGAGAGGCGCUGCAGAAGGUGGCGGCGCUGGAGCUCGACGUCCUCGUGUACCCGGAGAUCGGGCUGCACCCAUGGACCUGCAUCAUGGCCUAUGCGCGGCUCGCGCCUGUGCAGGUCACGACGUGGGGCCACGCGCUCACGUCUGGCAUCCCGACGAUCGACUUUUACUUUUCGAGCGCGUGGUUCGAAGCGGAGGGGGCGCAGGAGCACUACUCGGAGACGCUCGUGCUCAUGCGCAGCCUCUCUUGCUGCUUGCCCGCCUUCCACUUCACCGGAGCGCCGCUCGAGGAGGCGCUCAGCCUGCUGCCCCCGCCACCCGCCAAGCUCGUCUGCUGCUUGCAGCCGAGCCUGACGCUCAAUAUGCCGUUUGUGCGUCGCACGCUGCCGCGCAUCCUCUCGCGGGUGCCCACCGCCGUCUUCCUAUUCCUGCAGGACGGCAUGUCCGCAAAGACGCUCACGGCCAUCUCCCAGGCCCUCGACGGGAACGCGCUCUUCCUCCCCCGCGGGCCGGCCGGCUGGCUCCGCAAGUACAUCUCGCGAUGCGCGGUCUUCCUCGACGCGCACCCGUGUGGAAGCUGCAACGCCAUGCUGCUCGACGCCUUCCUCGAGGGCCGAGUCAUCGUCACGCUGCCUGGCCCGGAUCUACAAGGCCGCUUCGCCCAGGGGUUCUACCGCAAGAUGGGCUUGACGGACCCCAUCGCCGCGACGGAGGACGCGUACGUCGAGCAGAGCGUGCGCUACCUCGUGGACGUGGCGGAGCGCCGCCGCAUCGAGCGGCUCAUCGCCCGGCGGCGCGGUGCGCUCGUUGACGAGCGCGACAGCGUGUCGGAGUGGGGCAACACCCUGGAGCUCGUCUGCAAGCCGUGGGUGCAAUUGAUACCCCCGCCCAGCCGUCUGCAAGCCGCGCGCGAGUGGCUCAAGAGCCGGUGCCUUCCCUCAAGAGCCUCGGCAGCGGCGCUGCGGUGCCUUCCCGCCUCGGACGCCCGGGUGGACGAGCAGGCUGCGCCGGCGGCGGACUGCCCGCCUGCACCGGGUGACCAAGACUCGCCUCCCGGUGUCCACCGCGAGGUCAAGCUCGCUCCAAACGAGCCGCCGGCCGCCAGCGCGGAGGUGUUGCACGCCGAGCAGAGCUGGAGCGAGUGCUGA